UGAAGUUCCUGUCCUCCGUCGCACUUGUCCUCUCGUCGUCUCUUCUUUCUGGCGUCGCGGCUGCGAUUACGCGUCAAGAGAUCGAGCAGCUGUCGGCAGCUGGUUUCCACCUUAUCGAUCUCGCUCCUGAUGUUGAGCCUGUGUGGAAGACUGAGGAAGAGGUUGAGGCCCUCAUCGCCCAGGAUGUUCGCUUCGUCGAUGUCACCGAAGUCUACGACCCCGAGCGGGUGGCCGCUGCUGCGACCAAGGCCAAGGUCAAGUUUGCAGGCGACUCUGCUGAGGCCGAAGAAACCAACAGCCUUCUGGCAACCUGCGCCCCACCCUCGCGGCAGGCGCAAGUUCGGCCCAUCGUUGCCAACGUAUCCCUCUCGACGAUGACAGGCUACCUGACCACCCUGACUAACUUCAACAACCGGUACUACACCUCGACAACCGGGCAGCAAGCCUCCGUCUGGAUCCGGGACACCAUCCAGGCCAUCAUCAACGCGAACCCCGCCAGCGGUGCGACCGUCUCGCUCUUCAGUCACUCGUGGCUGCAGCCCUCCAUCAUCGCCAGGAUCCCCGGUACGGUCUCCCAGUCGCCCGUGACUAUCAUCGGCGGACAUAUGGACUCUGUCAACUCGCGCAGCGCCGCUGCUGGACGCGCACCUGGCGCCGACGACGACGGCAGCGGCUCCGUGAACAUCAUGGAGGCGUUCCGUGUUUUGGUCACCGCUGGUUUCAGGCCGAGCACGCCUGUUGAGUUCCACUGGUACGCUGCUGAGGAAGCCGGUCUCCGUGGCUCGCAGGCCAUCGCCACCAGCUACAGCAACUCGGGUGUACAAGUCAAGGCUAUGCUCCAGCUCGACAUGACCGCUUAGGUCAGGCCCGGAACGACCCCCGUCAUUGCUUUCAUGCCGGACUUCACUGACAGCGGCCUGACCACUUUCCUUGGCCAAAUCGUCGACGCGUACACCAACCGCGGCUGGGUUAUCAACGCUCCCGGCGGCUACGCUUGCUCCGACCACGCUUCCUGGAACCGUCUAGGCUACCCCGCCGCCCUCCCCUUCGAAGGCCUGUUCUCCAACAUCAACCCCAACAUCCACACUGCCACCGACACCGCCAGCGUUGCUGGCUUUUCGCUUGCCCACUCGCUGGAGUACGCGAAAAUGGCUGCUGCGUACGCUUACGAGCUCGCUGCUUAAU